AUGGUGUUAACAUCAAUAUGCUUUACAAUAUACAUCGCUUUAGUGACAGAAGUGUGCGCGCAAUCGAUGACAGAGGAGCCUCUGCAGCCAUUGGAAUUUAAUGAUGUAGCAAAUGUUUUGGCUUUGAAUUUAUUCCAUGUCAUGCCAGCGAUUAAUUUAGUUGCAUCGACUUUGAUGGUACGCCUACCGUUGAUUAAAUUAGCCAGCGUAGCUAAUGGUGAAACAAAGGCCGAACUGAUGACUGCAUUAGGUUUUAAAAAUGUGACAUGGAUGCUUGGUGCUUACGGAAGAUUGAGAGAAAGAAUGGCCAUGUUGCUUUUAGGAGACCUAUUAUACGUCAACAAGAUAUAUAUUAAUCAAUCUAAUAUUGUAAACCGUAGGUUUAUUGCUAACUCAGAGUAUGAGUACGGGGUAAAAGUGGAGACAGUCGCAUUCAAGUAUCCUCUAGCAGUUGUAUCUCAUAUUAACAAAUGGAUGAGUUCAUCAACACUCAGACGCAUCAUCGAUAUAGUUGACAUCAACGAUAUUGACGCAAAUACCUCAAUGGUUAUCGCAAAUGGUAUUCAUUUUAAGGUCACAUGGGAAUUUCCUUUCAAUUAUGCAAGGACAAGGUUAGAAAAAUUCUAUCACAUAAACGGGUCUGUCUCCUACGUGAACAUGAUGCUGAAGGUUAAUUACUUCGAAUAUGUCGACACCGGCGAAUAUCAGGCAGUUAAAUUAAGACUGAUGCGAGGCAACACUCAUAUGAUUUUCCUCCUGCCGCAUAGUAAAGAUGCGCUUCCGUAUUUAAUAGAAAAGAUGUAUGCAGAUCCCAACUACCUUACCCCCUUUUUUAAAAGAAUGACGGCUGAUAAACCUAUUGUGGUAAAAAUACCUAGAUUUAACAUCAAAACGUAUGUGGAUUGGACAGGAUUCCUGCAAGAUAUGGGCGUUGUAUCGGUUUUUAACUGCAGUACAUCGGAUUUGUCUGGAAUGUUCUAUCCAGGUUUUGGACCCGACGAUAGAAUGUGUCUAAAUAAAAUAAAGCAAAAAGUGUUUCUAGAGGUGGACGAAAUGGGUGUGAACAGACAACCUUUUAGUCCUUUAAUAGCUGGAGGGAUAGCCGAAGAAAUGGCGGACAAAAUUGGUGAAUCUUCAUUUAGAGAGUUGGUAUUUGAUAGACCGUUCUACUUCACCACCAACAUUUACUUCUCAAACGCCCAUAAUCACGAACUUCUGACAGGAGUAUAUUAUGGACCUGAGGCAACAAUAAGAAAAUAA